AUAGAAACUCUUACCCCCCAUCGCCCAGUCCAGCCUCUCCCCCGCCGCCGCCAUGGCCACCACCGCGCGCCCGCUCGUCUCCGUCAAGGCCCUGGACGGGGACAUGCCCACCGACGCGGCCGGCGUCCCGAUGCCGCACGUCAUGAAGGCACCGAUCCGCCCCGACGUCAUCACCUUCGUCCACAGGCUCGUCUCCUGCAACAGCCGCCAGCCCUACGCCGUCUCCCGCAAGGCCGGUCACCAGACCUCGGCCGAGUCCUGGGGCACGGGUCGCGCCGUCUCGCGUAUCCCGCGUGUCGGCGGCGGCGGCACCCACCGCUCCGGCCAGGGAGCCUUCGGCAACAUGUGCCGUGGCGGGCGCAUGUUCGCGCCCACCCGGAUCUGGCGCAAGUGGCACCGCCGCGUCAACAUCCGCCUCCGCCGCGUCGCCGUCGCCUCCGCCCUCGCCGCCACCGCCGUCCCGGCCAUCGUCACCGCCCGGGGCCACCGCAUCGAGUCCGUCCCCGAGUUCCCGCUCGUCGUCUCCGACUCGGCCGAGGGCAUCGAGAAGACCUCCCAGGCCGUCAAGGUCCUCAAGCAGCUGGGCGCCUACGCUGACGCCGACAAGGCCAAGGACUCCGUGGGCAUCCGCCCCGGCAAGGGUAAGAUGCGCAACCGCCGGUACAUCAACCGCAAGGGCCCCCUCAUCGUCUACGCCACCGAGGGCUCCAAGAUCGUCAAGGCCUUCCGCAACCUCCCUGGUGUGGAUGUUGCCAACGUCGAGCGCCUCAACCUGCUCGACCUUGCCCCUGGUGGCCACCUUGGCCGGUUUGUGAUCUGGACCGAGUCUGCCUUCAAGAAGCUGGACGAGGUGUACGGCUCCUUUGAGGCGUCUUCCUCCAAGAAAAAGGGCUUUGUCCUCCCCAGGCCCAAGAUGACCAAUGCUGACCUUGGUCGCCUCAUCAACUCUGAUGAGGUCCAGUCUGUGGUCAAGCCCAUCAACAAGGAGGUGAAGCGCAGGGAGGCCAGGAAGAACCCUCUCAAGAAUGCUGCUGCCGUGCUCAAGCUCAACCCCUACUUCGGGACUGCCCGCAGGAUGGCAGUUCUUGCUGAGGCAGCCCGUGUCAAGGCCAGGAAGGACAAGAUCAACUCCAAGAGGACCAAGCUCAGCGUGGAGGAGGCAUCUAAGAUCAAGGCUGCUGGGAAGGCUUGGUACCAGACCAUGAUCUCUGACAGCGACUACAUGGAGUUCGACGUCUUCUCCAAGUGGCUCGGCGUCAGCCAGUGAUCAUCUCGUUGAAUUAAUACAUCUUGCUGUUCCGAGUUAUAAGCAAGUAUCUUUCCCUAUUACGACAACGCUUCUUGUCAAAAGAACUCAUUGGUUCAACAGCUGUACUUUUGACUGAGGAAGUAUUUCUGCCCUGUAUAUAUAUUCAGCGGAUGGAUUUAUUGUUGAAGCAACUGAAUGGGCCGUAGACUGGAGAAAGUUUUGCACUAAAGUGGAUGCUUGGAGGCAACCUGCAAACAUUUGUUUUACUAAGUUAUAAUGGUUCGCAUUAUAUAAUCUUAGGAAAACAAUAUACAUUAUAUGUUUAUUAGAGACCUGUUUCUCUCCUGAUAAUCGUUGGGAAACAGCUUCACAUGUAAUAUAUCAAAAUGGAUUUUGUGCUUGUACCUCAAUGGACCUUGGUAAAUGAUUUAUUGAGCUUUCCUUGCA